AUGACUUUUGCAUGUAGGAUGGACCGCGCCUCCUCUAUAGAUUUGACUUCAGCACGAACGAAGCGCACUCCUCUUUUGUCGAGAAGCGCCUUGAUCCAGGGGAGCUCCUUGGACGGCAAGCGGCAACAUUUAGGGACCAAGCGCUUGUAUCAGAUGCCAAUAAAAUUUGAAUGCUUCGGUCUGAGGAUCAUGUCCUUUGCUAUCAGGGUAUACUACGGUUGUAUUCAUAUAUACGGUCACACUUACAACAAGCGCAGUUCAAAAGGGGAGUGGAGCACUCUCUGUAUUGAGGGCAUCCAAAAACUGGCAACACCCAAAAACCGGCAGCGCCCGCUCACGACGAAUCUGUGGCAGCAUCCGGUUCCGGGGAGUUCUGAUCGAACCGGCCCGGGGCUGCGCCUUGUCGUUGACGAGGGGUGGCAGCAGCCACAGCAGCCUAAUGCAACCACAACCAGUGGAAUGCCGCGGGCGAUGUGA